ACAGUUACCUGACAAAAUAAUUGUCAAAAUUGUAGCAAAAAAUCAACAAACGUGCUUUUUACACAUUAAAAAAAACUUAAAAUUACACAUGCUCUCUUGAAUAUAUUGUAAUAUAAGCUAAAAUAAACAAAUUAGAAAAAUAAUUUAUAGUGAUAUUGUAAAUUUACAACUAAACAACAGGAAAUCUUAUUCAAAACAAACAAAUAAAAAACACAACCGUUUUAAUUAGUUAAUCUCUUUGUGUGUGUGUGUGUGACAUUUGAUGAUAAUUAUUGGCCAAAAACCAAAUACAUAAAUAUAAACAAAAGCUAAAUAUUACUAAAAAGCCACCAUGUUGGACAUAGUCCAACCUAAUGUCGCUAUCAACAGCGCUCAACCUUUAACAAACGACGCCUCGACACCAGCCACCUCAACUGAAGUGGUUGUGGUACGUGCUAAACCGAAAAAAGUUUUCAAACCUAAAGCUCGUCUAAAUCGUAUACCACAAAGUUUGCUCGAUGAUCCUCAGCUACAAAAGGCCAUUGAACGUUUACCCGCCAACUACAAUUUUGAAAUACACAAAACUAUAUGGCGUAUCAAGGAAAUGAAAGCGAAUAGGGUGGCUUUACAACUACCCGAAGGUUUGUUAAUGUAUGCCAUGGUCAUCAGUGAUAUAAUAGAACGUUUUACCGAGGCCGAUACGGUGAUAAUGGGUGAUGUUACUUAUGGAGCCUGUUGUGUUGAUGACUACACCGCUAAAGCUUUGGGUGCUGAGUUAUUAGUGCACUAUGGUCAUAGUUGUUUAAUCCCGGUCGAUCAGACAGAGGGUAUUAAAGUUUUGUAUAUAUUUGUGGAUAUCAAAAUAGAUCCUCUACACUUUUUGGAUUCCGUCAAGUUGAACUUUAAGCCAGAGGAUGGACAAAUGGCUUUAGUUAGUACUAUACAGUUUGUGACCACUUUACAGGCCGCCUCCACAGAAUUAAAGUCGGCCGGUUAUGAUGUGAUAGUACCACAGGCUAAACCUUUAAGUCCUGGUGAAAUUUUAGGUUGUACCUCACCUACACUGCCGGAAACAACAAAAUUGAUUAUUUAUCUGGGCGAUGGACGUUUUCAUUUGGAAUCGGCUAUGAUAGCGAAUCCAAAGUUGAAGGCCUAUAAAUACGAUCCCUAUGAAAAGAAAUUCACUAUUGAGGAAUACGAUCACUCAACCAUGCAGUCCAUGCGUUAUGGCGAAAUAGAAAAAGCCAUGAAAGCCAAAAAAAUCGGUAUUAUAUUGGGCACUUUAGGACGCCAAGGCAGCUCUAGGGUACACAAAUUUCUCGAAAAACGUAUACGAGCCAAGGGCUACGAUUCCACAACCAUCUUACUCUCGGAAAUCUUUCCCCAAAAACUGGCACUCUUCGAUAAUAUAGAUGCUUUUGUACAAAUCGCCUGUCCACGUCUCUCCAUUGACUGGGGUUCUGCUUUUGCCAAACCUUUACUGAAUCCCUAUGAGUUAUCGGUCGUCUUAGGAGAUGUUGAAUAUACACCCCACAAUUCUGCCCCCAAACAAGAUUCCUAUCCCAUGGACUUUUAUGCCAGCGGUAGUUUAGGUCCCUGGACUCCCAACUUUAAGCCACCAGCCUUGGGUGAAUGUGAAAAUAAACCUUCUGCAGACUGUUGUGGACGCUGUACUAGAGCCGAAUUGGAAAAGGAUGAUGAGGGUAAAGUGAUAACAAAAGUGGUGGAUAUUGAUGAUUUGUUGGACUUUAAAAAGGGCUAAAUGGAUGACCAACACCAAUAGCCGACAGCUAUAAACACUUCCCUUAUUUCUCAAAUUACAAAACUUUAUUAUUUUAAGUUUUAUUGUUGUAUAUGUUGUAUAUAUAAACUUGGGACUUAAACAAAUUCUUUAUAAUUUAAGUAAGCUUAAUUUUAUUUUUAAAUUAUGGCUUUUAGUUUCAAUUACUUUUUUAGUUAAAUUUUAGUUUUUUUCGUAACUAUCAUGGCUUUUUUUUAAAUAUAGUUUUAUAUGAAUAAAUUUAUAAAAAAUCAUAAAUAAAAAUAGUUUCUAAAAAAUAU